AUGGAACCCGUUGACGACUUCGGCACCAAUCGACAUUCCCCGCAUCGACCCAAACUUGGCAGACCGGGGGGGCCGUCUCGCUACCCAGAUCUGUGCUUCGCGGAUGGCAACGUCGCUGUCGUUGCUGGCGCCCAGUAUUUUCUCGUUCAUUCUGGUGUACUCUGUCGACACUCGGAGGUUCUAAGCUCGACGAUCAAGGAAAUCAGGGAUCGAACCCCACCCACCACCGAAGAAUACCCCGUUGUGCAAUGCGACGACAGCGGAGAUGAUAUGGCUUACUUCCUUGCCGCCAUCUACGAUGGAGUAUCGGAUAUACGAUGCGACGCUCACGAUUUCGCGCGCGCCGCAGGCGUACUGAGGCUGUCGACCAAAUAUGACGUGAAGCACCUCCGGUCGGCUGUGCUCGCCGGGUUCGCGCGAUCCUGGCCGAAGACCUUGGAGGAGUGGGAGACGAGGGAGAUCGAGGCGACCAAUCCGUCGGGGCUGUAUGCGCCGUGCAUAUCGCUCCCGUACCCGAUUCUCGUCAUCAACCUCGCGCGGGAGGUCGGUGCGCCUGGCCUCCUCCCGUCGGCGUUCUACGACCUCUGCCGCUACCUCCCCAGCGAAGCUGCGUCGGGAUACAAAGCGAACGAUUCCAAACAUCACCGUCUCGCGCAAGAGGACCUUCUCCGCAUGCUGCAAGGCCGCGAACACGCCGCCCGCUUCCUCUCUACCUUCAUCGUCAACGAGCUCGAGGGUCGCCAAGCGUCGGAAGAGUGCCUGAAUCGGUUGUUGCUUUCAGCAGAGGGCGCGAUAGUGAGACGCUCGGAGUGCACCAUGGCGUUCGAAACGGUGACGUUCGAGCUCGUGCGGGACGUGAACGGGCUGGUGUGCAACCGCAACUCAGACGUGCUUUACGCGAUCGGGCAUAGUUUGAUGUUGCAGACGAGAGACGUGAAGACGGGACAUCCUUUGCAACCUCUUCCGCGCACGUGUGAGCCGUGCAGAAUGGUGUAUGCAGGAGUUGUCGACGAUGCGAGAAGGGAAUUGUGGAGUCUGCUGCCAACGUGGUUCGGGGUGGAGGUGGAGGAUUGGCCUACGCGACCAUGA